CCCACAAAGAGGGAGAACAAAAUUUUUUAAACUCCCCAAAAUCUUUCUUCUUCUUCUCUCUCCUUCAUCAAACGUCGCAACGGUUCGCCGUCGCGUAACGGCGGCGGGGCCUCUUCUUCUACGCCGUUACCUCCACUAACACUUCUACCAACAACUUCACAUCUCACUCUACUUCACCUUUUUCAUUCCGUCACAUCACAUCUACUUCACCGUUAUCUGUAACACGUACGGUUUACAAGAUGAUCGGAUCAUUUCUUACCCGAGGGCUUGUGAUGUUGUUUGGGUAUGCAUAUCCAGCCUACGAGUGCUUUAAAUCUGUGGAGAAAAAUAAGCCUGAUAUCGAGCAACUUCGCUUUUGGUGCCAGUACUGGAUUUUGGUUGCCGUACUUACUGUUUGUGAACGAAUUGGUGACACGUUUAUUUCAUGGGUCCCGAUGUACAGUGAAGCAAAGUUGGCAUUUUACAUAUACUUGUGGUACCCCAAAACAAAGGGAACUUCGUACGUUUAUGAUUCCUUUUUUCAACCGUAUAUUUCAAAGCAUGAACCCGAAAUCGAUCGUAAUUUGUCUGAACUGAGGACAAUGGCUGGAGAUAUGACUGUAUUGUACUGGCAAAGAACCGCAAGUUAUAUUCAAACAAGAACUUUCGAUAUUAUACAAUACGUCGCGUCACAAUCAACACCGAAACCUCGACCAUCUAAGCCACAACAAGCUGUGAAACCUAACCGCAAGGGCCAAACCGCAGCUCAAGAACAGGAGACUAAAGAGCCACCAUCACCUGCUGCCAGCUCAUCAUCAUCGUCAUCAUCAGCAUCAUCGAAUUCGGGUUCUGAUGAAGCAGACAUCCAAUCAGGUGCGGGAAAGCCACAGGUGCCGCCGCCAGUGCCAGCUGUCACGAAAGCACGGAAAGCAAGCCCAACACGCAAACCAGCGGUGACUACAGAACUUCAAACCACUACUGAACCAGAGAAGAAACAGAUUGAGCCUGCGCGUUCAUCUUCUUCGAUUGCGAACACAACUACUACUACUCUUAAAGAGAUCAUGAUGGAAGAGCCCGGGCGGGUUACACGGGCUAAGUUGAGAAAAGCGAUUUCUCUUCAGUGAAUGCGGGUGAUAAUAAGUCUCGUUUGUCAUGCGUUUAUAAACGUGCGAGUAUUUUGGCAGUAGAGUUGAUAUAUCAUAUAUGGAUGCUGAUAUAUUGAUGUUAUAUAUGCUGUUUCUCUAUUUGCCAUGAUAUUUGUUGGGUAUUUCAAACUUGUACUCUAGGGGCAUUAUGUUAGAAUGCAUUUAAUGCUCUUAUAUUCUGUUUGAAAUUGUGGAUGAUUUUCAAUGGGAACUGAGAGAUAAAUGUAUUCUUUUUUUU